UUCGCCUCAUUCAUUCACGAUCGGAUUCUCGCGGAGUGCAGCAGUAGCGCGGUUGUCGCCAGGUGCAAUCCGCAGUGAAAAUUUCAGUGCAUUUCCCCCAAAUUGGGGCCUAAUUCCAAAGAUUAAGUAGAUUAUAAGUAUCGGUUGGUGACGCGAGAGUUUGGGUGUUGUGUAAUUUCCGCUGGUUUCGAGAAAAAAAAAAAGAAUAAUUUUGUCACUGCGGAAGAUACGGAUGAGCUGACCGGGCGACCGAAAGCUAUCAGGAAGGGUGAAGUAAACUCGUUUGCCGUAUUAUUGAGUGCGUUUGUGUAAUUAUUGAGUAUUAUUUCGCGGAUUUAGUCACGGUCCUCUAUGUAAUCGCGCGAUCAGUAAACUAUCAUCGCUGUAUGCAAAAAAAGUAAAUACCGUGAGCAAAGAAGAGGCACUCGGGCACGGUACAUUAUUAGGUACCCCUUUCUGGAGGAGGCAGUGAGCAAGCAGUUCUGAAGAGUGGUUGGUGGUAUCGCCGUCGUCAUAAAUAGAAUUUCGGCAUUAUCGUGUUGCUGCUGCUGCUGCUGCCUGACUGACCUCUGAUCGCAACGGGCACUUGAAGGCGACCGUGUCGAAUAAGAAACACGAUUUGAAGUGUUUUUGUUGCCGUCAUCAUCAUCGUCGUCGUCUAGAAAAAGAGGAACUCAUCCGGAACAAUGGCCCAAUCGAAACCACUAAAGGAAGUCUUCAGUUACCUGUCUUGGGUACAUGCAGUGUCCGGGGCUACGGGCAGCGUGAUUGCCAUGUCUGCUUUCUAUCCGCUGGACACGGUUCGCUCGAGACUUCAACUGGAAGAGCCAGAACGCCGCAAAGCACUCAGCACAUGGGCCAUCCUGAAGCAGCUGGUGGCGGAAGAGGGCUUCGCUACGCUCUACCGUGGCAUCGUCCCAGUCUUGCAAAGCCUAUGUAUCUCCAACUUUGUCUAUUUCUACACAUUCCACAGCUUGAAGGCGCUACGCGGAUCCAUCACCGGUGGUAGUCAAUCGGCCUUGGCCGAUCUAAUCCUAGGAUCGCUGGCGGGAGUGGUGAAUGUAUUCUCAACCACACCCUGUUGGGUGGUAAACACCCGGCUGAAGAUGAAGGGUCUUGGCCAUCGGGUUAAGGACAACACCAUGCACUACGAUAAUCUCCUGGAUGGCUUGAUCCACGUGGGACGAACCGAGGGAGCCAAAGGCCUGUGGGCCGGUGCGAUGCCUUCCCUCAUUCUGGUCAUCAACCCGGCCAUCCAGUUCAUGGUGUACGAAUCGCUCAAACGGCGUAUGGUAGGAGAUCCAAAACACGCCUCGUCGGCUGCCUUCUUCGCCAUCGGAGCCAUUGCCAAAGCGAUUGCCACGGUUCUCACCUAUCCGCUGCAGCUGAUCCAAACCAAGCUUAGGCAUGGUAACAUGGACAAGAGUCUGGAUCUGCCACCAGAUACGGACAUGGUACAGAUGCUAUUGAUUAUCCUCAAGAAGCAAGGAGCUGCCGGAUUAUUCCGCGGAUUGGAGGCUAAACUGCUGCAGACGGUACUGACGGCGGCAUUGAUGUUCAUGACCUAUGAGAAGAUUGCCCGGUUUGUCACAGUCCUGCUGGUCAGGGGCAAAAAGUGAUAAUCGUGUGCAAUGGAGAGGGGUUCUUAUCUAUUAUCACAUGUAUUUAUUGGAGGAAUUAGUGUUUUACAGUUUUCGUGGCAUUUUUAGACACACUUUAGUAAGCAACUUUUCAAUCUAGUCCUACACAUUCCAUUUUUUUAUCAUCGACAUUUAUUGGCUCUUCUAUCUAGAUGCAACUUUUAGCUACACUAGGGUGACCUAUCUAUAUAUGAAACAGGAACACGGAAAUCACAAAAUCCAAAAAGGGAAAUGCAUUGUAUGGGGAAAUAUGCUCGCUCAAUGUAUGAAGAUAUUUACGCUUGACGACGUGAUGUGCAUAGAAAAGUAUUAAAACUUUGUUUUUCUUUUUGGCGUAACGUCCUGACUGGGAUUGAGGAUCUGUUCUAUAAGCAUUUCCCAAAUGACUAAACUACGUGUAGUAGGCAUAUGAUACUCUAUAGCCAAGGCAAAGCCAGAAAUAUUUCCAUAACAAAAAGUUUCAGAACUGACCACUUUGGUUAAAUUGUUGCACCAUUGUUGAUUAUUUUAGAGAACACAAAUUUCGACAGACAGCGAAUAUCUGAAAGAUGAACAUCUUACAUGUGUAAUUCUUGCAUACAUUUUGCUUAUUUUCUCAUUACAAACGGCCAGCUAGUUUGUAGUGAUGUAUCGAAUACCACCAUACGGCCGAACGUCGUUGAUAUUAGUUAGCAUCGGGAGGCAACAUAACAUAAAAUUCGGUCGCUUCCCGGCCUGAUUUCCUUCGCCCUACUUGCCAAAGAUUGGCUCUCUCUUUCUUACAAACUACUAACGGUGAUGAGUUUAGCAUGUACGUACAUUGUACAAUAGGUAUUCGUUGUUGCCUAUCGAAGGCCAAUGGUUAGGGUUUUGUGUUUACACGUUGCCGUCGGUAUAGGUUUUAGUUUAGUUCCAUCAACGUAGUAUGUACCUUCGCUAAAAAGCACUAUCCAGAUUGUGUUAGUCGGAAAAAGCAAGAGAAACAACAAAAUCCUCGAAUAAUAUUUGUCGUUUUCAAAUAUCUACAAAAACGACGGAAGCAAUCGUGGAGUAAAAGAACGUUCGAUAUUAUUAUAUCGAAAUAUUUCAGGUAUGUGAUUAUUUCAAGAAGCUAUAAAUCGCAAAGAAUUAAGGAAUAAUAAAGUUGAAGCGGAUGCCAA